AUGAAAUUCUCAAUUGCCGUACUGUCAUCGCUGUUGGCUGUCUUCUCGGUCACAGUUGCCAAUCCAGUUGAUCCCAGUUCGACCAUGAGUGCUAAAGUCAGCACUGCGACAGUUCCUCCCAGUGCAACUGAAACUGCAAGUGCUAAAGCUAGCAUCUUGAACACUUUUACUGGGUUUGAUUAUCCAGAAAAAAUUAAAAUCAUAUAA